AUGGAGGAGCUGCUCGUGCACACGCCGGCUCGCGUGCUCGGGCGGGACCGCACCCUCACCCUCCCCUCCCUCUCUCUCUCGCCGGCGGAGCUGCACGCGGCGGCGGCGAGGCUCGCGCCCUCGCUCGGGGUCGAGCUGGGCCCGCCUGCCGGAGGAGGCGAGGCAGCGAGCCGCGGAGCGGCGCUGCUCACGCGCUCCGCUGCGAACAGGCGCGCUGCUCGAGGAGCCGGACGAGCUGGCGACGCGCGUGGCUCCCGCGCGCUCAAGCUGGGGCUGCUGCGCGACGAGAGCGCCGACUCGAUCGUCGGAGGGUAUGCAGAGGAUUACGUCGUGCAGGGCGGGAGCGAGCGCGAGGAGGUGCUGAGUUGA